CGGCUGCAUUUUUCCAUGCCACCGGCCCUGCCGACGCCCUCUGCAGACUGCGGCUUAAGAGAACGAGAGUAUGCCGCGUUCAACAUCAUCGGAGGAGCUCCAGCGCUUCCAGGAGAGUUCCCCUGGCAGGUUUCAGUGCGCAAGAUGUCGGCCAUGGGUUCAAGGCACCACUGUGGAGGAGCACUGCUUACGGAUCGAUGGGUACUCACAGCGGCCCACUGCGUCGUCAAUUCCGUGGGCCGCACAGCUUCCCCGGCGGAGCUCCUCGUGCGCGUUGGCGAGUACGACCAGAGGCGACCCGAAGGCAGCGAGGUGCAGGUGCGAGUGACGCACGUGCUCCCGCACCCGGGCUACGGCCGGUUGCAGCGCGACCUGGCACUGCUGCGGCUCGCUAAGCGACUCCGCCGAUCGGGCCACGUUCGGCCCGCUUGCCUGGCGCCCGCGUCCCUGCGGCCCCUGUCGAACCUGAGCUGCGCCGUGUCCGGCUGGGGCAACGAGCGCACGCAGGGUACCACGGCCUACAGCCUGAACAAGCUUCGUGUGCCGCUUCGGCCGCUCAAAGAAUGCUACUCCAUCUACGACGUGCCCAUCGGCAAGUGGCAUCUGUGCGGCGGAAGACCCGGAAGGGGAGUGUGUUACGGUGACUCCGGUGGUCCGCUAUCGUGCCAGCUAUCGGACGGUCGCUGGUACGUGCUGGGAGUGGCGUCGUUCGGUUCCGGCUGCGCCCGGGCAUCCUACCCGGACGUGUACACAAGAGUCCACCACUUCACUGGAUGGAUACGAGACACCAUCGCUGCUUACACGCGUCCUGCGAGAAGAGGACUCGAUGCACCGGUUCUGGGCCGCGCGAAAGGACGACGAACUGGGGGCUAUAAAUCGGAGUCCCGCGCCAGUCUGCGCGCUCCUCCCGACAUGGCGGUCUGCAUGGCGACACCACUGACGGUCCUGCUGGUGACCGCCGCGCGGUUUCUCCUGCUGGCUCAGGCACAGUCCACGCACAGCUGUGGAGUAAGCUUGCUGAACGAGAAGAAUAUUGAGCGCAUCGUUGGAGGACAGCCCGCCGACGCCGGGGAGUGGCCAUGGCAGGUGUCCCUUCGCAAAGCUGGCCGUGACGGAAGGACGCGUCACUUCUGCGGCGGCGGGCUAAUCAGCGACCAGUGGGUGGCCACGGCGGCACACUGCGUGGUCACGCAGUUCGGCGGCGUGAUCCAGCCUGCGAGCACCAUCAAGGUGCGUGUGGGCGAGCACGACCAGAGCGUGCUCGAAGGCGAAGAGAUCCAGGUGAACGCGCGCCAGAUCUUCAAGUACCACGGCUACCAGGGCUACAACAACGACAUCGCGCUCAUCAAGCUCGCCAAAAGGGUGCGCCUCAGCCGACGCGUACGGCCUGUCUGCCUGCCGCACCGCGACGAAGUCUUCGAGGGGAAAAACUGCGUCUCCACGGGAUGGGGAGCCACCACAUCGGGAGGUGGUGCCCCGUCGACGGUGCUUCGAGAGGUGAGCGUGCCGGUGUACAACAACAAUGUGUGCUACGGGCCCUACGCGCGCAAGUUCCGCAUCAACAUCCGCAACUGGCACCUGUGCGCCGGUGCCUUGGAAGGAGGCCGAGGAUCCUGUUAUGGCGACUCGGGCGGCCCGUUCCAGUGCAAACGCGCCGACGGCAGCUGGGUGCUGGCCGGCUUAGUGUCCUUCGGCUCAGGCUGCGCGCAUCGGGACUACCCCGACGUCUACACCAGGGUGACCGAGUACCUGGACUGGAUCGCCAAGACGACGGGCGGCGUUGUCAGCAGUUGAUGGCCACGAUAAAGACCUUAUCAACACAGGCGGAUGCCCCGGACAUGGAACGCCCACAAGAAAGCCACAGUACUUUUCCCCAAAAGCCACGCAGCGAGAUGCGCAUACAACAAGAGAAGAGGCUUAAAAUGAUAAAACGAGGAACUUCCGUGCUUCUGACAGAAAUAAAGACCACCAUUUUGUUUGA